AAUUCCACUUCCUACGCGUGCGUUCAAGAAAGCGACUACUCUGGGAUCGCCUUGAUGAUGCUUCUCCUCUCCGCUCUCGGCUCCGGCUCCGAAAGAGGCACGUUCACACAGUGGAGGCGUGAAUUUCGCGAAUGAAUCGCGAUUCGCAGCGCUCAUCGUCAGUUGGAUAAAAAGCUUUCGCUCGGCUCGACCAGUAGUCAUUCGAAUUUGCGCUACAUGAGCAAGAACAGCUAAUAGAGAGAGGAAGCUAAAAUUUAAAAUAUCCAAAGAUUGCCAAAAGAGCGAUAUAGAAAAUUUGGUUUGUGAAUCCUAGCGAAAACAGAAAGUCGGUAGUUUCUCAACUUACCAAGUUCUAUGUGAAAGUGAUUGAAAAGUCGUUACAGAAAAAAAGAAGCCAUAAACCAAGCUGUGAGUUGCGAGUGUGAAAGAGGGGAAAUUAGUGAUUCGUGAUUUAUUACCACAGCAACUAAAUUAAACACAGCAAUAUUUACGUUAACUGGCAAAUUAACAACCCACGGUGCGGGAUUGUUUGUAGUGGAAUUUCAAUUAUAUUUCAACUAGUCGAGAGUGGAAACAAAGGCCCGUGUUCUGUGCGAAAAUGAAUACCGAAGAGUUCCGCGCGCACGGUAAGAAGAUGAUCGACUACAUCUGCGACUAUGGAAGAACCAUCGAAUGUCGAGACGUCGCUCCCACCGUUGAUCCGGGAUUCCUGCGACAGUUGUUACCAGACGAAGCACCCCAAAAGGGCGAAGACUUCAAGCGGAUGCUCGAGGACGUCGAGAAGAAGAUCAUGCCCAAUAUGGUCCACUGGAACCACCCGCGGUUCUUCGCGUACUUCCCGUCCGGCAAUUCGUACCCCUCGAUCCUCGGUGACAUGCUGAGCAGUGCGAUCGGGUCAAUUGGUUUCUCAUGGGCUUCGUCACCGGCUGCUACCGAGCUGGAAUCGAUCGUGAUGGAUUGGUACGCGAAGGCGCUAGACUUGCCGGCGUUCUUCCGCAGCGAUACGGUCGGUACUCGCGGCGGAGGGGUUAUACAAGGAUCGGCAUCCGAGUGCGCACUGGUCUGCAUGAUGGCGGCCCGAGCUCGGGCUAUCAAGGAACUCAAAGGCGAGAACUUGGAUGUGCAUGACAGUGUCUACCUGCCGCAGCUCGUGGCCUAUGCUUCCAAGGAAGCACAUUCGUCGAUCGAGAAAGCUGCCAAGAUGGCGAUUGUCAAACUGAGGGUUCUGGAAACCGAUCACCGUGGGGUUUUCCGAGGAAAUACACUGAAGGAAGCGAUCGAACGUGACUUGGAAUGCGGGCUUACUCCGUUCUUUGUGGUCGCGACGGUUGGCACAACUUCCGCUUGCGUGUUCGACAACCUAGUCGAGAUUGGAGAGGUCUGCAAACAGGUUCCCAGCAUUUGGUUCCACGUGGACGGAGCUUACGCAGGAAAUUCCUUCAUCUUGCCGGAGAUGCGACACUUCAAGAAGGGUUUGGAGUACGCCGAUUCGUUCAACACCAAUCCGAACAAACUGCUGCUGACGAACUUUGAUUGUUCGGCCAUGUGGGUUAGGGAUGUCAAGCUUCUUACUACGGCGCUGGCCGUUGAUCCUCUUUAUCUACAACACGAUCACAGCAGUGCCGUAGAUUAUCGGCAUUACGGCAUUCCACUGAGUCGUCGAUUCCGGGCCCUGAAGCUGUGGUUCGUUUUCCGCUCCUACGGAAUCACUGGUCUACAAAAGUACAUCCGCAAUCACAUAACUCUGGCCAAGCGCUUUGAAUCGCUGGUCCUGUCGGACGAACGGUUUGAAGUACGGAACGAUGUCUAUUUAGGAUUGGUUUGCUUCAGGUUGAUAAAUCACGACCGAUUCAAUCGCGAUCUGCUGGCCCGUAUUAACCAUUCCGGCAAGUUCCACAUGACUCCCGCUAUGGUCCGCGGCAAAUACAUCAUCCGGUUUUGCGUCACAUACGAACAUGCCACGGCGGAACACAUUGAUUACGCCUGGGACGAAAUCAGAAACUUUGCCGAGGAAACGCUGCUGGCCGAGUGCAUAGUGCCAUCAGUUGAAGAACCAUUGACCAUCGUCACCAAGAAGCCACCGAAGAAGCUUACCCGCAGCAUGUCCACCCGGUUCUCCUUCACCCGCAGCGUAUCGCGCGAAAUUUACGAACGACAGAACAGCCGGUCACAGCUCACGGACGGUGCCACCCCGAUCGUCAUCAUCGAUACGGACGAAAUCCUCGAAUCUCUCCAGAGGGCCACGAGGAUGAACGGUGCAGCAGCAGCGGCGGCGGCAUCGGACCGCGACCGGAUACAGAAGCAGUCGGAAAUGUACGAAACGGACAGUACGGAUGAGGCUAGCAAUUGACUAGCACCGGCGGAGGGUUCUCGAAAGCAGACCACCAUGACCAAUGCCAAUGAAGACGAAGACAGUGACAGUGACACCGACGUCGAAGAAUCGGCCAACUUUCGCGGAAGCCUCCGAAGACAGUGCAAGUCCAAAAGCUGCUCUAGUAUUAGACAAAUGUGAUGAAGUGAAUCGGCUUGAUUUACCGAGUAAGAAUGGAUGCUAUUUAUACUACCGUUAUACAUUUGCUAUAUGGCCAACAAAGUAUUAUUAAUUUAUAAAAAAAGGUACUGCUAAGCUAUAGUAGGGUGAAUUAGAAAUAAGAUUACAAACGAAAAAGUAUUAUCUGAUUUAUAACUGAUAACCACCAUGACCUUUUUAAAACAGG